AUGAAUAACGUUCACGAUGAUAGAUUUUAUGAUACAGAUGUACCUUACGUUUUUCAUAAAGGAACGAAUUAUGAUAUAGGGUUGAGGCAUGGAAAAAUAGCCAGAGAACGAAUUGACAAAAACAUUAAGACGUAUGAGAGAUUUUAUAAGGAAACAGCAAAGAUUACGUGGAAAGAAGCGAACAAUAGAGCAAAAAAGUUCAUUCCAUACAUACAAGAGAAAAUGCCGUUGAUUAUGGACGAACUUCGUGGCAUUGCAGACGGUUCAGGUCAAGACUUAAUAGAUAUUCUUACAUUGAAUGUUAGAUCGGAAAUUUGCCUUACGAAUUACUCUGAUGGAUGUAGCUCUAUUAGCCAGCAGAAUAAAGAGGACAAAGAUAUAUAUAUAUCACAGAACUGGGACUGGUUAACUGAAUUGAAUGAGGGUAUCAUCAUUUUGGAUAUACAGCCAACAGAUAAGCCAAGAAUGUUGAUGAUGACAGAAGCCGGCAUAAUAGCUAAAAUUGGCUUCAACGAUAAGGGUUUGGGACUUAUGUUAAAUGCAAUUAUGUGUGGGGUAAGUCAAGUUGCUCUUCCCGUGCAUUUUGCGAUCAGAAGAUGUUUAGAAGCUGAAUCAACACAGCAGGCAAUAUCCGAACUCGAAGACUUAGGUAUCGCUUCAACGGCGAACUUAAUGUUAGCGGACAAUCGCGGAAACUUCUUGACAGUUGAAGCUUCGCCGAAGGGGUUUGCUUUUAUAGAGCCUGACGAUAACCUUGUCGUUGCUCAUACCAAUCAUUUAUAUGCCUCGAAAAAGUAUGUCACCGACCAUCCAAUUCCAGAUUCUUUUAGCAGACUUGCUAGACUUGUCGAUCUUAGUAAGAAUUCUGAAGCUACCUACGAUGAUAUUCGGAGAAGGCUUUCUGAUGAAGAAAAUUAUCCUCAUUCGAUUGACAGAGGUUUUGUUGGUGAUGUUGUUGGUUUCGAUGCAAUGGUUACAAUAGCCACACUAAUUGUAGAUAUAUCUAAACUUGAGGGUGAGAUCUCCUUUGGGAGACCAAGCAGUCAUCCAAAGAGAUACCAACUUUUUUUCAGCUAA